AUGUUGGCAUCUUUUGGCACCAAAGCGGUAAGUGGUAUGCUUCCCCCUGGCAGCCCAUACAGUAACAGGCCUACACACAGAACACUGUGCCAUAUGCCAUAGAUUAUGACUGGAAGGCUUGGGGCAUGCUACCACCUCUCCUAACCUCAGCUUCUCUCCUAUGCCUUUCACCAGGAGAAGAUGAGCCAAUAAACAAAUUAGACUCAUACAGGAUGCUACUUGUCGGGACAAAAAUGAAUCAUAGUCUUGUUAUUUCUGUUAUUAUAACACUGUCAAAGUUGCAGUAAACUGUGCCAAAAGCAGCGUCCCUUCAGAGCACCAACAACUCAACCCAGAGUAAAUAUCUUUCUCUAUGCUUUAUUCCCCUAUGCUGGUUCUCUCUGUGGAUGAGAUCACUUACAGUAUGUGUACCUACAGCACUGAGCUCUUCAUGUUUUGACUUGACAGGGUAACUAUAGCAACACAAGGUCUACAAUCAAUCAUAGAUGUAUGACUCUUGUAUUGUCUAUGCCUAGAAUAAAGUUAGCCUUCUUCAAUGCCUUUUCUGCAUCCCCUACAUAUCUCCAUUGCCCCCCCACAGUUUAGCUCUUUUUCAACCUUUUGUCAUUCCCUCAACCAAGAUCAAGAGUAGCCCUAGAUCAACUCCCCGCAACCACAAGACAGAAAACAUACAGGAGAGAGGUUGAGACAGAGGCAGGCAGUAGCAUUACCCCCUGCGCUGCAAAGCCACCUACAGAACGUGUUGAUCAGAAUGAAGUGUCAACGUAUCUCUGUCCCGCCACUAUGAGGUAGGAAGAACCCUCAGGAUAGUGCUGCAGAAAUGCAACCCACAUUGUAAUUGUGGAUUUAUCUAUCUGUACAUAUGUAAUAAAAGUGUCAUAGACCCUAACCAACACCAAUAAAUGUAAACGAAACAUCUAACUAUUCAGGCAAAAUGAUGGCCAGUCCAGUCUCCAGGAUGACCAGUCCAGUCUGUGUGUCCAUGAGUGAAACAUUGAGCAGAGAACAGAGAUGAGUUUGUUUUUUUCAGACAUUCCUAGUCUCUGUCUCUGUUGAGAUGAGAAAGAUGAUAGCCUCUUCUGAUGAGAGAUUAGGAGGCGUGGGACAGUCUUCAGCAAAUGUUACUCACUCAAUAUUCCCAGCACAACAAAGUAUAUUAUGCUAUACUAUACCGUCCAUGCAGCAGUGGCGUCUGCUGAGGGGAGGACGGCUCCAUUCCAGCCAUUAUUAUGAGCCGUCCUCCACUCAGCAGCCUCCACCAUGGAAACCAUGUGUUUGAUGUAUUUAUACCAUUCCACCGAUUCCGCUCCCAGCCAUUACCAUGAGCCCGUUCUCCCCAAUUAAGGUGCUACCAACCUCCUGUGCCAUGCAGAUAUUAGUCUGUGCUCAAUCAUGCAAAGAGUAGCUGACCUUUUGGUUAUCAUUGUUUUCCUAAAAAAAAUCCAGAUGUAACUAUGUGAUGAACAUUUAAUCUUCAGUACACAUGAGAAAGUAAUGACUCUGAGCAACCUCGUCCCCCCUCUCCCCGGCACUAACUGAAUGGUUUUGUCAAUCUUACUUUCCCCGCCUCUCCCCCUGGGGUCCUUCUGACAUUCCUCUGUGUUUGCACCUGGGUGUGCCGGAGCCUGAUCAGUUUACGGGGGGCUGGCAAUGAUACCUGUCUGAUGACCUCGAUCGCUCCAAUCCUAGACAGCUAGGAGGCAGGCCGAUGCUGGGGAGGAGCCCUGUGCCAGCAGGUAGAUAUAAGCCAGCUGCCACCAGAGAGGAGUCACUGAGAGGGGCUUGACUUUCCUCUUAGUAAGCUCACCUGCUUCACCAUCCUCUCUGUCUCUCUCCUCUCUCCUUUUCUUUUACUCCCCUCAGAGGAUCAGAAAAGCUGCAACCAUGAGUUACAGGAGCAGUGGCAGCAUGAGUGGAGGCUUCAGCUCCGGCGGAGGCUUCAGCUCCGGCGGUGGUGGCGGCGGCAGCAUUGUGAGGAAGAGCUUCUCAAGCUUCUCCUCUUCAGCAGACCCCUGUGGGCUCCAGCCGUAUGAGCAGCUCAUCCGUUAGAUGCUCCGGAGGAGGUGGUGGGGGCGGCUUCGGCAUUGGGCGGUGGUGGAAGUGGAGGAGGCUCCAGCUUCAGCUAUAUGAAGCAGCGCUGGAGGCAUGGGUGGCGGCGGUGGUGGUGGAGGAGGCUUCGGCAUGGGUGGCGGCGGUGGAGGCUUUGGCCUGGGUGGCGGCGGUGGAGGCUUCGGCCUUGGUGGCGGCGGUGGAGGCUUUGGCCUGGGUGGUGGCGGCGGCGGAGGUGGCUUCGCCCCCAUCACAAGCUGUCACAGUCAACUCAAGCCUGCUUGCCCCCCUCAAUCUGGAGAUCGACCCCAACAUCCAGACUGUCCGCACCCAUGAAAAAGAUCAGAUCAAGGGCCUCAACAACCGCUUUGCCUCCUUCAUCGACAAGGUCAGUACUCCUUUAUUCUCUUAAAGCCCUUCAAUCUAAGAGAAUGUUAAAAGUAUCAAGUAUGCCAUGACUAUGGUCCUGUCCAAGUAAAUUAAAAUAUAUUGCAUUGAUCAUCAUCUACCAUAUGCCAGCAUACACAGGGUGCAGAUAUACUGCAAAGGAGAUACUGCAAAGGGAUACUGCAAAGUAUCUGCAAAAGGACACUUUGUAAUAGCAAUUGAUGGCUGGGAUGUUGUUUUAUGGUACAGGUUGCAAAUAGCACACUUGAAUAGUUGCAAGGCUGUGUCUCUUGUGUGCUACUGUAGGGCUCAUUAAUAUUUCACAGCCACUGAUCAUGCAGCCUCUGGAAAUCCGGACCAUAUAGGAUCCAGUUAGAACUGGCUCUGAAAACAAAUACACAGAAUGAUAUAGUGACUGCACCCUACUACCUGAAUGUAUAAACAGGGGCAUAUCACCUUAUCACAGGUGGUCAAAGUCCUAAUGUGCAGCCUGUUGCAUCAAAACUGACAGUUUAGUCGUUUUCUUCGACCGUAAUUGCACUGGCUGUGAGUAUGGGGAGUGGGGGGGUGAGUCCAUGUACCUCUCAUGAAAGGAAUCGUCUGGGAGCGAGAUAUAAAGUGGAUGGAUCUCUUCAUGACUGCCCCAGCCCUUAGGGAAUGACUCAGCUCAGUGCCUGCCAACAUAGGCCAUAGAGGGCGGUGUCCCUUUUUUACAGAGGUGUGGGAGAAAGGCAGCUCUGUCUGAGAAAGUCCCAAUAAAAACUUCAAGCAGUCCGUCUUCAUUACCUCAGCGAAUGCAAGUCUAAUCUUGAACCACUAAAUAAAUAAACAAGUAAACCUUGCCAGGGAGAUGUUGCCAAGGCAAUGUCACAUGAUACAACCAGAUAUGAUAUAAAUAUGACAUAACCCAAUUUAAAUUCUCAAACGUAAUGGAAGAUGUGUGCCAACCUGUUUCUAGCAGUAAAUAUGACACCUGAUUGUAACUAUUCCAUUUCUCUCUCUGCACACAGGUACGCUUCCUGGAACAGCAGAACAAGAUGCUGGAGACCAAGUGGAGCCUCCUGCAGGACCAGACCACCACCCGCUCCAACAUUGAUGCCAUGGUCGAGGCCUACAUUGCCAACCUGCGCAGACAGCUCGACGGCCUGGGAGGAGAGAAGGUCAAGAUGGAAGGAGAGCUGACAACCAUGCAGGGUCUGGUGGAGGACUUCAAGAACAAGUGAGUUUUACACAAGACAUUGUAUGGAUGCUCUAACUGUCCUAAAUGCUGGCCCAUGUAAACCAUAUAUAAUCUGUUUUUGCAGAUAUGAAGAUGAAAAUCAACAGCGUGCCGCAGUGGGAGAACGAGUUUGUCCUCCUCAAGAAGGAUGUUGAUGGUGCCUACAUGAACAAGGUUGGGUUGGAGGCCAAGGGUCGACGCCCUUCAGAUGAGAUCAACUUCCUCAGGGUCCAUCUAUGAAGCGGUGAGGGCCAUGUCAAACCACAAUAAGCGUAGUCUUUGAAACUCUGUUGAUAUAAACAACAAAUGAUCCACAUUAUGGCUUUCCUGAUGUCCUUCUCUCUCCUUCUCUCUCUCCAGGAGCUGAGUGAACUGCAGGGCCAGAUUAAUGACACCUCAGUGGUGGUGGAGAUUGGACAACAGCCGUAA